GAGGCUGAGACCAACACAGAAACCUCCAGCUCUCACGCCCAGUCUCCCUGCUCCCCGCUGACAUGAAGGUCUCCGCAGUGCUUCUGUGCCUGCUGCUCACAGCCGCCACCUUCAGCCCCCAGGUGCUCGCCCAGCCAGACGGGAUUAAUAUCUCAACCACCUGCUGCUAUAGAUUUACCACUAAGAAGAUCCCCAUCCGGAAGCUGAAGAGCUACAGAAGAAUCACCAGCAGCUAUUGUCCCCGGGAAGCUGUGAUCUUCAAGACCAAACUGGCCAAGAAGGUCUGUGCUGACCCCAAGCAGAAGUGGGUCCAGGAUCUCGUGGAGUACCUGGAAAAGAAAACCCAAACCCCAAAGCUGUGAACACUCAUGCCCAUAAUGAAGCCAAGCCAGUACUCAGGAAACAAUUUAUAUUCCCUAUCCUUUCCAACAUACCUUCUGAGAUUAUUCUAUUACAAUUCUAGG